CGAGUGAACCCUCAUGUUAUGUUCAUUUUAUGUCAAGCAAGAAGUGAAAUAUGUAAGGGGGCUACAUUGUGUUGUGCAUUUACUAGAUGGCUGACAUUUCCGUAUAUCUAUAAAGAAAACAUCACAAGAAUUUUUAAAACGAAUGUAAAUAUUCCAAACACAAUAACAAAUGUAAAGGAUAUAAAUUUUCCAACAAAUACGGAAAUGUAUAAAGACGUCCAUUUUGCUUUUAUCUCCGGCGGACUAGCGGCAACUGGCAGUGCGUUCGGAAAGCUGUCGGGGUUGCCUGACUUCGAGGGCUACAUUUUAAUAAGGAUUAUAUUUUUCGCUCUGAUGUUAUCUACAAAUACAGCAUCUUUAACAUUUUUUGUUAAGGCCUUGCAAAAAAUUGCGUCAAUUAAUGCUACACUAAUCUGUUCUGCUACAAAUUACAUUAUAACAGCUUUAUUUGGUUUCUUCAUUUUUAAAGAGACCACAUCUUUGUUAUGGUGGUUUGGAAUAUCCUUAAUAAUGAUAGGAUUAGUACUUAUAGUAUCUAAUACAUCCAAAGAAGAUAAAACGGGCAAGAAUGAAUGACAGUAUUAAAAAAUAAAAAUUUUAUAUACUUGUUAAUAUUAUAAUAAAAUAGUUUUUUUAUACAAAUUUCUUAUACAAUACUAAUCCGAUUUUUCGACCUGUUCUCUUUUUAACAUACAUAAAAUAUUGAUCCAAACAAAUGAACAUACUCCGAUAUAUGUGACUCUGUAAACCGCUGGAACCACCAUGAAGUUCACUAAUUGGGCCGGUAACCAAAAACAGCAACUGGUUUUAAAUGUAGGUAUAAACUUUUGCCUGCAUUCUUCGAAAAUAUCUUUUUUACCUUCCAUUAUGC